UCAAAUAAGAAUUAUCUUCUUCUUUGCAAUUUGCAAUUUGCAAUUUGCUAUUUGCUAUUUGCUUUCAAAUAAGUAGUCUCGUCUUUGUGUAAUAGUGAUGGCGUCGUUUGUGUGCUUGAAUUCCAUAACUAGUUGUUGUUCUUCUCCGUUUUCAAAACAAAAACCAUUUCUGGGUGGUUCUUCUCCAAAUGCCUUUUCACAUGCUUUAACUUCGUCCCAACGUAGCCGCUUACUUCUUUGCUCUUCUUCGUCUUCUUCUUCGGACAACUCUGACACCAUCAGACUAAGGCACCCGGCUCAGAUGUCAUCCAUGGCGCCGUUUGGAGUGACGAUGAACGAAGGUGGCUUGUCGAGACCGUCUCAUAAAUGGCAAAGGGUGUUACUUAAAGUAAGUGGAGAAGCACUUGCUGGGGAUCAGUUGCAGAAUAUCGACCCAAAGAUCACAAUGGCAAUCGCAAGAGAGGUAGCGGCCGUUACUCGCCUUGGCAUUGAGGUUGCAAUUGUGGUUGGUGGAGGAAAUAUCUUUCGUGGAUCCUCAUGGGCUGGAAGUAGUGGUCUGGACCGUUCAUCAGCUGACUACAUUGGGAUGUUGGCUACUGUCAUGAAUGCGAUAUUUCUUCAAGCGACAAUGGAGAGUAUUGGCAUCCCAACUCGAGUACAGACUGCAUUCAGAAUGUCUGAGGUUGCAGAGCCUUAUAUACGACGAAGGGCCGUGAGGCAUUUGGAGAAAGGGAGGGUAGUAAUUUUCGCAGCGGGGACUGGAAAUCCCUUUUUCACCACAGAUACUGCUGCAGCUCUUCGUUGUGCAGAGAUUAAUGCUGAAGUUGUUCUGAAAGCUACAAAUGUUGAUGGGGUCUACGACGACAAUCCAAAGCGUAACCCAGACGCUCGUCUUCUCGAUACUUUGACAUACCACGAAGUGACUUCAAAAGAACUUUCAGUGAUGGACAUGACUGCAAUUACUCUGUGCCAGGAAAAUAACAUUCCCGUUGUCGUCUUCAACCUAAACAAACCAGGUAACAUCUCAAGAGCGAUAAAGGGAGAGAAGGUUGGCACUUUGAUUGGAGGAACAUGGAAUUCAACAGUGGCAAGGACAUGACAUACUUGAAUUUUUUUGAGAUUGCAAAGCAAAAGUGUGGUUAGUUCACUACUGAGGCUAUAGGGGUGAGUUUCCUUGCAUCUGAAAAUUAGUAAUCUGUAAAUAAAUCCUUGAGGAACAUUCAACAUUGGACUUAGAUGUUUGUUUUUCUUCUUUAAUCAGUUUUCCUUAAAACUUUGGUAAAUAAUUCCAUUUUCUGGAUUUAUUUAUUUAUUUAUUUGUCCUGCUAUAUCUCAUCCUAAUAAAUAAGAUAUUUAAUUCAA